UAAUGUCAAACACAAUAUAGGUUAUGUUUUUUUUUAUACAUAUACGAGGAUGUUUUUCUGUGUGUUGAAGUUUAUUCUUAAUUUAAACGUUAAAAUGUUUGACAUUAAACUCACUUAAACCUAAAGCAUAUAAUCAUAAUAAAAUGUCUUCAAAAACACCAGCUAUGAUAUUGCAGGAGCUUUCUAUCAAGGAAACAUCAUCUCCUCCUGUCUUUAAUAUAAUACACCAGAUACAAGGCACUCAUGAAAACGAAUUUGUCUUUCAAGUUGAAGUUAUGGGAAUUUCCACAACAGGAAAAGGUCGUUCUAAGAAAGAAGCUAAACAGGAGACAGCUCGAAAUGCCUUAAAAAUAAUUAAGACUGUUGGUUAUUCAACAGAUAUACCUGAAACAGUUAUUGGAAACAAUAAACCUGAAGAAAUGGAACUUAAGCAAGUAAUUAAUAACAUAGGAGUUUUAACUGCUCUAUGUCAAGUCUAUAAUGUACAAUAUGCAGAAUACAUAGAAAUAUCUGCUGUUGGUCCACCACAUGCAAUGGAAUUCACAUAUGAAUGUCACUUGGCAUCUUUAGUAACUAGGGCUACAGCAAAUACAAAAAAGCUUGCAAAGCAAUCUGUUGCUAAAGAGAUGUUGGAGAGAUUACAGAAGAUCAUACCUACAGUUGAUAUUGAAGCACUAGUCCUCAGACCAGUAGAUAGUGAAUAUGACUUAACACAUUUGUUUGAAGAUCUCAACCUCCACAGAAGAGUAAAUUUAGGCAGGCUAAUUGUAAACAGUAAUGAAGUACUUAAAGAUAUCAUGAAAGAAAAAUUGUUAACAUUUGAGAAUUUGAAAAUUUUUUUAGAAACUCCAUGGACUGAUGAUAACAUAGCACAGUUUUUUGCUAAAUUUGAACUAGAAUAUUCAUUUGAACCUAUAGAAACAGAAGAUGAAAGUUUUCUCACUUGUAUGCAUGUAAAGAGUGAUGUUCCACUUUGCACAUUAGGCAGUGGAAAUACUGAGGAACUUGCUAAACAAGAUGCAAUUGAUGAGAUGCAUUCAAUUGUAUUUAACCUGGUUAAGGAUUAAUAUUUAUUUGUCACAUGUUUGGUCCACUUAAAGUGGGAAUUUAUUUUUAUUUAGUUUUUUUUUCAGAUCAAUAAAGGUACAUUAAUUUAUU